GCGUAGCCCACAAGCUACUGAAAAAUUAAAACGAAUGGAAAUUCAACACGGGCUUCCUGAAUUAAAAGUGAAGCAAGAUGUGGCUACAAGGUGGAAUUCCACAUUUGACAUGUUCAAGCGCAUACUAGAAAUAAAACAACCAUUGAUGUCAGUAAUUGCAAUACAUUACAAGAACCUACCAAAUUUAUCAAACACUGACAUGAAAAUUUUGGAAAUAUGUUGUCAGAUAUUAAAAGUGUUCAAGGAAGUAACAGACGAAAUUUCGUCAGAAAAAGAGCAAUUCACUUUCAAAUAUUGUAGGAAAUUUCUGGUGGAUAAUCCAGAAAUUCCAGAAGAGUGUAAACAGCUGACUGAGGCUCUAUUAUCGUCUUUACAAAAAAGGUUUAGCAAUAUAGAAUUCAACAAAAUGUUUGCUGAAGCAACAAUUUUGGAUCCACGACUUAAAAAAUUUGGAUUUGAUAGUAAAACAGCUUUCGAAUGUGCAAAAAAAAAUUUAAUUAGUUAUGUCACCAGGAAUACGCCAUCAUCAAGUGAAGUCACCAAGAGAAAUGAUGAGCAGAUUCAAACAGAUGGAGUUGAAUUAACCAAAAAAACUACAAAAUCAGCUAUAUGGGAAUCUUUUGAUUGGGCUAUUGCUAAUGUGGUGUCUAGUGUUAAUCCUUUAACAGCUGGAAUUAUAGAAGUAGAAAAAUAUCUAGAUGAGCCAUUAUUGCAGAGAGAUUGUGACCCAUUCAUGUGGUGGGAACAAAGGAAACAUGUAUAUCCCAGACUAUAUGUGCUUAUGAAAAGUAGGUUAAGCAUAGUAGCUACUUCAGUCCCCAGUGAAAGGAUAUUUUCUAAAGCUGGUCAAACUCUUACAGAAAAAAGGAGCAGUCGUCAAGGACAAAAAGUUUCCAUGUUACUCUUUUGGAAUUCCAAUUUGUGA